AUGGAACCUGAUCAUCUGAAGUAUGUUGGGAGAUACAAGGAGUUUGGAAAUGGCUGCAACUGGAUGAUCCGCGUUGCACUUCGGCAGCAAGGCUCGGAUGCAGCGGUCACCAUAAAGGUGUUACAAGAAACUACUGAUUCAACCUAUGGAUUCAGGCCUAGCUACAGGAAGGUGUGGAAGGCAAAGCAAAAGGCAGUUGCCCAUAUUUUCAGGGAUUGGGAAGUGUCAUAUGCGGAGUUGCCCCGGUGGAUCCUUGGGAUGCAAGCAACGAUGGACGGAAGCAUAGCUUUGUUGAAGACUUCUCCAGUGCGUGUUGGUGGUGAGGUUGAUGAGUUUACGGAGUACUUUCAUCGAUUUUUCUGGACGUUCCCUUCAUGUGUUGAGGCUUUUAAACAUUGCAAGCCACUAAUCAGCAUUGACGGAAUGCAUCUGUAUGAGAAGUAUGGCGAGACUUUGCUUUUGGCUAUUGCGCAAGAUGGAAACUCAAAUAUAUUGUCAGUUGCGUUUGCACUUGUUGAAGGGGAAAAUGCUGAGUCGCGGGAUUUUUUCUUAUCCCACUUGCAUCAACAUGUGAUCCCACAGGAAGGGAUUCUGGUGAUUCCUGACAGACACAACGGCAUUAAGGCUGCACUGGAGGCACCAGACAAUGGUUGGAAAUCGCCUCAUGCAUAUCAAGCAUAUUGCAUUCGACACGUUGCAGCCAAUUUUGCUCUUAGUUUCAAGGGUCAGGAUGCAAUGCGGAUGCUCAUAAAUGCGGCAUAUGCAAAGAUUGAGGCCGAAUUUGACUACUGGUUUGAUAUUAUGAGGACUGAGAAUCCGGCCAUGUGUGAUUGGGCCAACCGGCUGGGGGACACUGAAUCUACCGGUAACUACACUUGUCAAAUCCACAUAUGGAAGGUUAGCAGAGGUUUUUGUCGUCCGAGGGCAGACAGCAGAGGCGCAGUUGGGAUCAGGCCAACGGUUUUGUUAGGCCCUGGUCAAGGCGAUAGAGCGCAACCUGAAAGAUGCGAGGUGCUUCACAGUUACUCUGUUCGACAGACAUCAGUUUAA